AUUAAAAACAAACUCUUCUCCCGCCUUCAUCCCUCAUCAACUCUUCAUCAGCACAGGAUUCCAAGACAACUCAAGAUGCCCUUCUUUCUAGUCUGUUUAUUUCAUUUUAUUUAUUUGUACUUGUUUCUGACAACAGGAUGCUGGUGAUGAUUUUUUUAACAGAUGUAGUACCCUAGAAACGAACCAAUUAAAUUCCUUUCUAGCUACUUUUUUAAAAAAAAUAUUCCCCACAUGACUCACAAUUACAUUUUGCAAGCUGAAGUUCAAGAGGGAGAGAGAGAGAGAGAGAGAGAGAAAGAAACAGAAGUGGACAGAAGUUAUUUUGAGCUCCCCCUGUGAUGAAGAGACCCUUGGUACAGUCCAAAGAGAUUUCAGGUUAAGAAGUUUGUUUGUUCCAGGAAUUUGCAAUUCUCUGUGCAUGUUUGCCAGGCGGAACAGGAACUCGAUGGCUUAAAAGUCAUUUUAAUUCAGACAGAGUCCAUGGGUUCUACCUCAGCCAAGCCCUUUAAAAACCAGAAGUAUGAAGCCCUCAAGCGACAGUGCCUUAAAGAGAAGAAACUGUUCGAAGACCCUGAAUUUCCUGCUUCUGACGUUUCCCUCUUUUAUCUGAAUCCACCACUAGCAAAUGUGGAGUGGAAACGCCCACAGGAGUUCUGUGAAGAUCCUCAUUUGACUGUCCACGGAAUCAGUUCCCACGAUUUACAUCAAGGAAGGCUGGGAAACUGUUGGUUUGUGGCUGCUUGUUCUUGCCUCGCUCUUCGGAAGAAGCUGUGGCAGAAGGUCAUCCCAACCAUUAAGGAACAGGACUGGGAUCAAAAGAGACCGGAGAAAUACGCUGGAAUCUUUCACUUCCAUUUCUGGUGUUUUGGAGAAUGGAUUGAUGUGGUUAUAGAUGAUCGGUUGCCAACCAUAGACAAUAAGUUGAUCUACUGCUCUUCUAAAGAGUCCAAUGAAUUCUGGAGUGCACUUCUGGAGAAAGCUUAUGCAAAGAUGGCAGGUUGUUAUGAAGCCUUGGAUGGGGGCAGCACAGCUGAGGCGAUUGUCGAUUUCACAGGGGCCGUAGCAGAAUCCAUCAACCUGAUUGAUGGUAAAUAUGACCACAGUAUCAUCGAGCAGGUGAAACUCUUUAGAGAAUUGCUGAAAGUUCAUAAAAGGGGAGGAUUGAUCAGCUGCUACAUCAUGCCUGAAUCCUACAGUGAUUUUGAAGUAGAGACGGACAUGGGUUUAGUCAAAGGACAUGCCUAUUCAGUGACGUCUAUCCUGAAAAUGUCUGUUGGAAAGAAGGACCUGUGCAGUGGAAAGUCUAAGAAACUCUUUAUGAUCCGAUUAAGGAAUCCUUGGGGAAACAAGGAGUGGAAUGGAGCAUGGAGUGAUGAAUCCGAUGAAUGGAAGAAAGUGACCAAAUCAGAGCGCACAAGAUUAGGCCUCACCCUUGAAAAUAAUGGAGAAUUUUGGAUGACAUUUGAAGACUGGUGCAAAAACUUCACCGAUGUGGACAUUUGUCGGAUUGUGAAUACUUCUCUCUUCAGUAUCCAUAAGACCUGGGAAAAGAAAAUGUUGCGUGGACAGUGGACAAAGAAUCCAAAUGCCAUGUUAAAUCGCUCUGGAGGGAGUUUAAACAACGAAGCCACCUUUCUCCAAAACCCUCAGUAUAUUUUUGAUGUUAAGAAGGUGGAAGACAAAGUCUUGAUCUCGCUACAACAGAAGGACCAACGGAUUCACCGGAAAGAAGGGGCAGGAGAUAAUCUUGUUAUUGGCUUUGAAAUUUUCAAAGUGGAAGAUAAUCGAGACUAUCGCUUGCACCAGUUGAAAAUACAAGAGAGGAUAACUAACUUCACCUACCUGAACAAUCGCAUUGUGCAUUUAAAAAUGCUUCUUAAACAAGGCCGAUAUCUUUUGAUCCCAACCACUUUUUCUCCAAACACUGAAGGGGAAUUUAUUCUGAGGCUCUUCACAGAUGUUCCAUCAGCACUCAGGGAGCUGAAACUGAACAAACCCAGACUGUCUUGUCUGGAUAUCCUGCUGGGUGUCCCUAAGAGGAUGUCCCUCGUUAAGGUCUACAGGGUGGAAGGACUCCAGAGUCAAAACCGUCAUGGGGAAACCAACCCUUAUAUAAUUAUCAAGUGUGAGAACAGCAAGAUCCGUUCUCCCUCCCAGAAAGUCACUGGGACUGCAGUUUUCAACACCCAGGCUAUUUUCUACAAAAGGAAGGUUGACAGCCCCGUUAUUGUGCAGGUCUGGCACAAUGCUUUCUUUGACCGGUUCCUGGGAGAAGUCCGGUUGUCUGGGUCGCCUAGUAGCCCUCGGGAUCUUCAGAAGUAUCAACUCCAUGGCAGAGGCCAGCAAGAAGCAGAAGUACCAGGUCAAAUCACUAUCAAGAUACUUUCCAGCGAUGACCUGGUGGAGCUGCUCUCAGAACUGCAAUGCUCUCUGUCUCAUCUAUUCCAAAGGAUAACCACCCCACCCCAUCCCCACAAGAAGAUGCUGCUAUCGAUCAACUUCUGGGUUUAUUGUCAUCGUCAUCAUCGUCCUCACUGUUAUUAUGAUAUUCUUUCUUUUUUUCUUUUUGGUUAAAUAAAGCAAGCCUUCCUUGGUGAUUCUCUUCUUCUUAGAACCAAAGCCCGCUGACCAGGAGCUAGGGAACAGUUUGGGUUCUUCCUGGUGAGGUGAAGCAGAAAAAGGAUUGUUCUCCUCCUUUUGGAAAGCCCCCCCAAAAAAGGAGAGCUGUUUUUGUGUG